AGUUUUCCCAGUGGAGAUUGAAGUUCGCCCACACCCUUGUAUUUCAGCAUUGCUGUGCCUUCCCCAUCAGGGAUCAUGGAGCGCGUGCUGGUAUUUUUGUACGGCACUCUGAAAACGGGCCAGCCCAAUCACCAUCUGCUGCUGGCUGCCGAGACGGGCCGGGCCGAGCCGGUGGGGCCGGCGCUCACCCGCCGACAGCUGCCGCUCGUCAUCGCCUCCAGGUACAACAUUCCAUACCUGCUGGACCUACCCGGCCGGGGUCACCGGAUCCACGGCGAACUGUAUGCCGUAGACCACGCCAAACUGGCCUGGCUAGACGAGUUUGAGGGAGUGCCCGACCACUACGAGCGGCGCCAGGAAGCCGUUGAGCGACUGCAUAAAGACGGGGCUGCAGACGGUGAUGGAGACGGUGGUGACGUAACAGCGUUUGUGUACGUGUUGAGACACCAUAAACCGUUUAUGCUUCAUCUGCCGAUGUUGGACGAUUAUUCGUCAGACGGUUCCCAUGGACUGCCAUAUAAGGAGGAAGAAGAUGAUUUGAAUGCAGCUGAAGAUAUCGAUGAAAUAAAUGCAUGACUCUUGGAGUUGUGUGCCCGGGAUCUAUUAGAAAUACAAUUGUGUGUAACUCAGUAUCAAUAAUCAAUAAUAUGGUAUGCUGCUAAAAUAAAAUGAAUGCUUUGAUUUUUGGUUGUGAGACUAUCUUCCAAGAUUUAUUCUUAUCUGUGUAGCUUCUCACUGGGUGAUCUUUGCCGGUGAGCUAAUGCAUUAUCGCUUUUCGAAAUACAGGCCUGACAAAA